CAGGCGCACUGUAUUCGCGGUGCCGAACUGCAGCUAUGGAGCAGACACCUCCGGACCCCGAGAGGCCAUUGCAGCCUGCACCCCUGGAGCCGCUGGGGGGCCCUGGCGCUGUGCUGGAAGCCGCGGUCCGCGAGGAGACUGAGGGCACCCGGGAAGACAGCUCAGGGGUCGACACGAUGACGGGAAAUAAUUUUUGGUUGAAGAAAAUAGAAAUCAGUGUUUCUGAAGCAGAAAAGAGAACUGGAAGAAACGCUAUGAACAUGCAAGAAACAUACACUGCUUACCUCAUUGAGACGCGGUCAGUUGGACAUGCUGACGGUCAGAGUGUCCUCACAGACUCACUGUGGAGGCGGUACAGCGAGUUUGAGCUGUUGAGAAACUACCUUCUAGUGUACUACCCGCAUAUUGUUGUGCCACCUCUUCCUGAAAAGCGGGCAGAGUUCGUGUGGCACAAACUCUCUGCUGACAACAUGGAUCCAGACUUUGUGGAGAGACGACGGAUAGGCUUAGAAAACUUUCUCUUGAGGGUUGCUUCACAUCCUGUUCUUUGUAGAGACAAAAUCUUCUAUUUGUUUUUAACACAGGAAGGAAACUGGAAGGAGACUGUGAAUGAGACUGGAUUUCAGCUGAAGGCAGACUCCAGGUUAAAAGCGCUUAAUGCAACAUUCAGAGUGAAAAACCCAGACAAACCCUGCUUGUUUCCCUGUUUCAGGAGGUUUACUGAGCUGAAGCACUACAGUGACGAGCUGCAGUCCGUCAUCUCCCAUCUCCUUCGAGUCAGAGCUAGAGUAGCAGAUCGACUCUAUGGUGUGUAUAAAGUACAUGGGAAUUAUGGAAGAGUUUUUAGUGAGUGGAGUGCCAUAGAAAAGGAAAUGGGCGACGGGCUGCAGAGUGCCGGGCACCACAUGGACGUGUACGCAUCCUCUAUUGAUGAUAUUCUGGAAGAUGAGGAGCAUUAUGCAGACCAGCUGAAGGAGUAUCUCUUCUACGCAGAAGCGCUGCGGGCUGUGUGCAGGAAGCAUGAGCUCAUGCAGUAUGACUUGGAGACGGCUGCUCAGGACCUGGCUUCCAAGAAGCAGCAGUGCGAGGAGCUGGCCACUGGGACUGUGAGAACAUUCUCAUUGAAGGGAAUGACCACCAAACUCUUUGGUCAGGAAGCUCCAGAGCAGAGAGAAGCCAGAGUAAAGGUGCUAGAGGAGCAGAUCAAUGAAGGGGAGCAGCAGCUGAAGUCCAAAAACCUGGAAAGCAGAGAAUUUGUGAAGAAUGCAUGGGCUGAUAUCGAGCGCUUCAAAGAGCAGAAGAACCGGGACCUAAAGGAAGCCCUCAUCAGCUAUGCCGUCAUGCAGAUCAGCAUGUGCAAAAAGGGAAUUCAAGUUUGGACCAAUGCUAAGGAGUGCUUUAGCAAGAUGUAGCCCGGGAAAGUGACUUUCUCUCCAAUCAAAGUGCCCCAAAAUGAAGCACAAGUAAAAAGAAAUUCAGUUGCUACCUAAUAUACAUAAAAGCAUACAGUAAAUUGAACAAAUCAGCUUUCUUUAACUUAGUAUAGUUGUGUUUAUAUAGCACAAAAGGAUACAUUUUAAUGAAGAAUAAUUUGAGGUUUUGGGGACUGGUGCUGAUUCCAAAAGUUAAUUUAUAAGAUAUACCAACAGAUUAUUCAUCAGGCUUCUGAACCAAUGACUGAGUGUCAGGGUGUUAGUUAAUAACCACGUGCUCCUCUCGAUGCCCGCUGUUCGGAUCUCCUCAUGUCGGGAGUCUCUCCAAGGUGACAGUCCUGUCUUUACUUGGUAGGACCCACUUCUGCUGUCGGGUUGUUUUAUCUGCCUUAUAGUUGAGCUGUUUAGUUUGACAAAGCUCAGCAGAAACUUAUUGUGAAAUCUGAGGUUUCCUUCCCUGUUCGUAGAUCCCUGUACCAUCUGCGCACACUAGAAAAAAUGCCUUCAGUUUGUGUUUCACCAAAAUUUUGAUACUGGUCAGAAAUUUUAUACUGCCAACAAAGAAGUCUCGGCUUCUCAGAUAUGCAGUGGAGUAAAUACAUUAUUAUGAUCUAGCAACCACUAUAUAGAAAGUUUUAAUUGAACAUUAUUAUCCUUAAAUAAUUGUUAACCUCAGCAACGAGCCUCCAUUUCUUCUGCUUGGCUCUGUGCACAUGGCAUUUCAGGGUACGAGAUGUAGCAUUUCCAUGUGUAAGACACUCAUAAUGAACAUAUGUGGGCUGGUACCUUCAUCAUUAAUGUGCUUUUCUAUUGCCUGGCUGUGGUUUUUGUAAAGAUAAAUUAUGUUGUUGUGUUUUUAAUGUGUGUGUCAUGGUACAUGUUCAGAAGCCAAGCACUCUCUCUGCCAGCUUGCAGAAUAUUAACUGUGCACUCAUUAUUUCUAAUGUUUUAAAACUAUACUCAGUACUGUUUAACAUUUGACUUUUUUACAUGUUUAAAAUGUUGCUGGAUUUUUGUGCUGUUUGCCAAACUUAUACAAUAAAUAAAGAAAAUGUGUGUUUAUUUCCAAAA